AUGAACUACGAGUUUGCUCUUCAAAUUAUAGCCGGUCCUGAACAUUUCGAAGCCAGCAAGGAGAGAGAGAGAGAGACGAUGAGCUCCGAGAAGGGCGGCGGAGUAAUCCUGGUCACCUUGCGGAGCCUCUUUACGCUGGACAAUGCUACUCGCAUUGCCAGUGUGGAGCUGUGGGUGCUGCUGACGACGGUGCUGCUGGUGUGGAGGUUCGUCCUCGACUUCUCCGGGCCAUGGUUCGGGAAGCCGAGCAGGAUGUUCCAAGUCCUGACCUUGGAGAUACUGACCCAAAACCUGGUGAUCUACACCAUCGGACUGAUGCAGCUAUCAGGCGCGAGGGUGAACGACUACUUCCAGGUGUGGGCGGUCCUGCUGGUGACCCUGCAGUACAGCGUCAAGAUCGGGCGCCCCUACAGCCGGUCCAAGCAGAUCCCGUUGCUGGACCUCAUGUCCUCCUUCUGGGCAGCCAAUCUCCUCCGGGUGCAGACCUUCUACCUCCUCAGGAUCCCCCUCUGGCUGAUCUGGUCCCUGAAUGUGGUUCGCAUCAUCGUGCUCUUCGUCACCUCCGGUAAAGCGGAGACUCAUAGCCAAGAGAGCAUGAGGCUGGUGAACGACUACAUGAGCUAUGAGGACAGGCUCCCUCCUGCUGCUGACCUUGCGGUGUCAUCCAUGAGUGGCCGCAAGUACCUGGUGCACGGGGAACACCGGGUGCUCAAGGAAGUACAGGAGGGCCGGCGGCGGGAGGGAUCUUGUUUCAGACGGAAGAGGGUAACAAAGCAGGCUGGCAGGAGCUACAAGAUUGAGUUGAAACCAGAUGGAGACCACAGCAAUCACUUCGUCACCGUGGAGAAGAUAUGGAGUCACACCAGCGGGAGUGGGUUGCUGGGAGCCGCUGCAGACCCGCGUGGAGAGCGCAAGGACCUGUGCCUCUCGUUCGCGCUCUACAAGCUGCUGCGCCGUCGGUUCUUCGACCUCCCGGUGCAUGAAGCGACCAGGCCGCGGGGGAAAGACAAGAUCCGCGAGCUCGUCUUCGGCUACAUCCUCGCGGACUGCGAGAGGGCGUUCCGCAUCACGGGGGUGGAGCUGUCCUUCCUCCAGGACCUCUUCCACAGCAAGCACGCCACCGUGUUCGCCGGCGGCCUCAUGGUCCCGCUCCGGAGCCUGCUGCUGUCGCUGGCCAUGGCCGCCGCGACGGGGUACAUCGCCUAUACCGCCCGGUACAUACCGGAGAGGAUGGAUCCAGCGGACCGGAACAGGAUCACGCACGGCGUGUUCGUCACGCGCGUCAUGGUCGGCAUCAUCAUUCUCAAGGAGCUCCUGGAGAUCUUUCUCUACGUGUCGUCGCGGUGGGCCAAGGUCCUGCUGCUGUGCAAGUACGCCCAGCAUCAUCAGUGCUGGCGGCAUCCGGUGGUGGAGAGGGCGAUGACGCUCGUGCUGUUUCUCGGCAGGAAAGCCGAGUGGAGCCAGCAGACGAUCGGUCAGCAGAACCUUCUGGUCACAUUCCAUGUGCCGAGGCCAGGCGUGCCGCCUCUGUUUACAUGGACGAAGGUACUCCGUCGAGGGGUGGCCACUGGGACGACGACCCUGGAGGACCACACCAAGACUGCGAUACUAGAUUCGCUCAGGAACUUGAAGGACGGGCAGCUGGGCAGCUACUUCUCAAACGCAUUCGAAUCAAACAAGAGGGUGAAGUGGCCAAGCAACCUCAAGCUCAAGGCAGACACCCACAUCAUACUGGUCUGGCACAUCGCGACCGGCCUCUGCGAGAUCAGCUUCUUCAGCGAGGUGAAGGGGCUCACCGCCGUGCGGCGACCGCGGCCUUUCGUAGUUGAUUCUGCGUGGUCUCGGCACUACGCAACCGCGGCCAGUUUAUCCAACUACUGUGCGUAUCUGGUGAGGAAGGCGCUGGUGCCGGACAACCCCAUUGUUGCCGGAAUGGUGCUUGAUGAGGUGAUCAAAGAACUCGACUACGUCGUCUCCAAAUCCAGUACCAUGGAACUGGAAGGUGUGUACCAUAGGCUUAUGAAGAUAGUCCCCAAGCCCUGCAAGGAUCACGAUCAGAGCUGGAGCUGGGGCCCUGACGACGUGGAAGCAGCGACACCCAUGGAAGUCGAUCAAGCGGACCGAAGAAAAGGCUACAAAGAUCUCCACAUUGGGUGCUCCAUAACAAGGAUGGGCGCGGUGCUCGGGAAACACCUGACGGAGGCGUAUGAAGGCGACGCCGCAGGCUUGUGGAGGGACCUGGCCAGCUUCUGGACCGGCUUCCUCCUCCACUUGGCCGUGAACACGAGGGCGGUCAUGCACGGGAGGCAUCUCGCCGGCGACAGCGAGCUCAUCACACACCUGUGGGCGCUGCUCUCGCACGCCUGCUUUAGUGGGAACGCCGUCCAUGGGGAGGAGGGCCCGGACCUGGAGGGCGUCCCUAAUUUCGACACGGUAGUUAACCAGCAGGCAACCUGA